UGUUGGGCUAAGCUACAGGUGCUUGUGCAAAGAGGCAAAGGUUAGCAGUGAAAUAUUAAACAGUCUGAAACUGCAGCAUUACAUGCUCUAGAAGAUUUCAGCAGGGUGCAGGAUGAAGAUUGAUAUCCAUAAUCAUAUUCUGCCCAAGGAAUGGCCCAAUCUAAAAGAGAGGUAUGGAUAUGAUGGAUUCGUCCAGCUGCACCACCACUGUAAAGUGAGUCAGUACAACAAUUAUAUUUUCAAAAUAUAUUCACUUCAGGGAGAGGCAAAAAUGAUGAAGGAUGGGAAAGUGUUCCGGGUGAUUCAGGAAAACUGCUGGGACGCCGAGGCUCGGAUACGGGACAUGGAUAAGCAUGGUGUAACGGUGCAAGCUCUUUCUACAGUACCUGUAAUGUUCAGCUACUGGGCCAAACCUCAUGAUACUCUGGAUCUGUGUGGGAUUCUGAAUGAUGACCUGGCAGCCACUGUCCAGCGGUACCCUAAGCGUUUGGUUGGCCUGGGAACGCUGCCCAUGCAGGCUCCUGAGCUGGCUGUGCAGGAGAUGAGACGCUGUGUGAAGGAGCUGGGCUUCCCGGGAGUGCAAAUUGGUUCACACAUCAACAACUGGGACCUCAACGCACCUGAGCUUCAUCCCAUCUAUGCUGCUGCAGAGGAGCUAAACUGUGCAAUAUUCGUGCACCCCUGGGAUAUGCAGACAGAUGGCAGAAUGGCCAAAUAUUGGCUGCCAUGGCUAGUUGGUAUGCCUUCAGAAACUACAAUGGCAAUCUGCUCUAUGAUAUUUGGGGGUAUUUUUGAGAGAUUCCCUAAGCUAAAGGUGUGCUUUGCUCAUGGAGGUGGUGCUUUUCCGUACACCGUUGGACGAAUCGAGCACGGCUUCAAUGUGCGGCCAGACCUGUGCGCUACGGACAAUAAGAUCAAUCCACGCAAAUAUUUAGGAUCCUUUUACACCGAUUCUUUGGUCCAUGACCCCCUCGCUCUUCAGUUACUUGUUGAUGUCAUAGGAAAGGAUAAAGUAAUGUUAGGAACAGAUUACCCAUUUCCACUUGGGGAACUGGAACCAGGAACAUUAAUAGAAUCAAUGAGUGGAUUUGACAGCAUGAUAAAGGAUAAACUCCUGGCAGGGAAUGCUCUCGAAUUUUUAGGCCUUCAGAGAAAGCAGUUUGAGUGACAUCUCUCUGCUAGCAAAAGCAGCAUAUGUUGUGUUUCCGAUGCUGGUAUGACGAUGCAGGGUGACCAGCUAAGCCAGCAUAAACCAGCUUUGUCCAGCAUGGAAUGGGCCUGUAAAAUCUGAUGGAUAUAACGACAAAGGAGUAACGUUGCUGCUAAUAUAACUGAUUUAACAUGAUCAUUUCUACCAACAAUUGUUUAGAUUUCUGAAAAGAUCCUGCCCCUCAAAUAUAACAUUAUUUUGCAAUUUCA